AUGUUUGCCCUGCAUCGAGUGUCCUGGGUCAAGUCCGUGUCCUGCAGCUGGCCGCAGCGUAGGGGUGCAGCCUGGAACCGAAAGCCCCGCUGUGCAGUUACGGACAGCUGAGGGCCUGCCAUCUCCUCUUGUUGCGGGGCCCAGCCAGCCAGGAGGGAGUGGAACUGGCCAGGUGCAGCCAGACUCUGCCUGUGCCGCCUCCUGCCUCCUUUGGCCCUUCCUGGCAGCUCAGUGCAUGGGCCAUGGAAGGGAGGGGCUGCAGGAGACACCCCCAGCCCUCACCUUCCCCUGCGUGGCCCCCGCAGACGACCUGGCCAAUGAGAUGGAAGCGGUGGAUUUUGAGGAGGAGGCCGUCGAAGGCGCUGACGCGCAGGCCUGGGAGACGGAGGAGGAAGAUGAGGGCGUGGAGGACGGGAUGGAGGCCCAAGAUGACAGCGAGGUCACGUUCUCCGAGCACUCGGCCUCCGUUUUCUGCGUGAGUCUCGAUCCCAAGACCAACACCCUGGCGGUGACGGGCGGGGAGGAUGACAAGGCCUUCGUGUGGCGGCUGAGUGACGGCGAGCGCCUGUUUGAAUGCUCAGGGCACAAGGACUCCGUCACCUGCGCUGGUUUCAGCCACGACUCCACGUUUGUGGCCACGGGGGACAUGAGCGGCCUGAUCAAAGUGUGGCGGGUGGACACGAAGGAGGAGAUCUGGUCGUUCGAAGUGGGCGACUUGGAGUGGAUGGAGUGGCACCCGCAGGCCCACGUCCUGCUGGCGGGCGCUGCAGAUGGCAACUCCUGGCUGUGGAAGAUCCCGAGUGGCGAGUGCAAGACUUUCCCGGGGCCGAGCUGCCCGGCCACCUGCGGCCGGAUCCUUCCCGACGGGAAGAGAGCGGUGGUUGGCUACGAGGACGGGACCGUGCGGCUCUGGGAUCUGAAGCAGGGAAGUUUGCUCCACGUCCUCAAAGGUGAAAGGCCCUGGGACAGACCCACUAGGCCCUGCUCCCCCACCCAACCUGCCAGCAAAGCUGGGGGGACAGAUCCUUCGAAAUCCACCCCCAUUUGCUUCUAUGAGGGGGUCCGGCAGGUAAUCCAGCCCCUCCCCCCUUUUGCCUGGCUAAGAGGUGCUGCCCUGGGGAGUUGGGGUCCCCCUGGGCCCUGCCUCAUGCUCCCCCUUUCCCGGGGCAGGAUGCCCGGCACCUUGGCCAUCUACGACAUCUCCACGCAGAGUCUGCGGCAGAGGUGCCAGCACGAGUCGGGCAUCGUGCAGUUGCUGUGGGAGAGCAGCUCAGCCCUGGUCUACACCUGCAGCCUGGACGGCGCCGUGCGCCUGUGGGACGCGCGCUCCGGGCAGAUGAUCAGCGAGUUCCGGGGCCACUCGGCCGAGAUCCUGGACUUCGCCGUCAACAAGGACGCCUCCAUGGUGGUGACCACGUCGGGGGAUCACCAAGCAAAAGCGUUCUGUGUGCAGCGCCCGGAACGCUAG